AUGAACGAUGGGAUCAGCAGCCUCGAACAGCGCGGCGUCACCAUCGAGGAGAAUGAGAAAGGGUUCUUCCUCCACCAGCGGACCUACGCGGACAAGAUUCACGAGGUUCGGCCAGUUGACUGCGGACGACACCGCCCCACGGACACCCUGCGGAAAAAAGACCAGACCACCCUGAUGGCCUUCUGCGGCGAGGUCUACUGGCUGGGGGUCAACACAACGCCCUUCCUGCUCGCCUGGGUUGCCGAACUCCAGUCGAAGAUCCCGAACGGCACGCGCAGCCUGUUCACCGCCGCGAACAGCAUCGUGAAGCUGAUCAAGCAGAACCAGCACAUGGGCCUCCAGAUACACCGACACGACCUGAUCGACCUGGCGGUCGUCACGUGGUGCGACGCAGCAUGGGCGAGUCGACCAGACGGAAAUUCGCAAGGUGGCUACCUGACGGCACUGGCAGCGACCAAAGCAAUGGAUGGCGAAAAGGCGCAACUCACCGCGCUGGACUGGGGCUCGAAGAAAUUGCGCCGGGUGGCGCGGUCGCUGGCAGCAGAAGUCCAGGAAGCUGGAGACGCUGAAGGCGCACAGUGUAUGGUGCACAUGGUGCUGUCAGAGAUCCUCUUCAACAGGUCUCCCUUUCGGAAGAAGAUGGCUCUCCUCCACGAGAUCCCGGCGGUGCUCGCGACGGACUGCAAGGCGUUCUACGACGGCGCGGUACGGAGUGCCCUCGAAGAGCGAAAGACGCUAGCCUGGUGGGUCCACUCGCACGCUCAGAUCGCGGACGGCCUCACCAAGGGAAACUGGCAGGCCUUCGGGGUGCUCAAGUUGUUCCUGGAGAAGCAGGAGUGGCGACUGAUCUACGACGAGCACUACAUGAGCGCGCGGAAGCGCGCAGCCCUCGGCAUGGGUUUCUUCGACACGACAACACCCGAGGAUGCCAAGACAGCAAAGGAGGUUCUUGAGCAGCGCCGACUGGCGCGACAGCAGGCCAAGAUUCCCGACCAGCCCAGCAGUCACGACGCGUCCACCAUGGAG